GGUCCAUACUCCAUACCAGAUCAAGUUUAAUUUAGUACGUAAUCCUACAGCAUUCAGCUAAAAAAAUGAAGCUUCCCGCGGCAGUCAUCGCCGUGUCCUCCGUCCUCCUGGUCAUGGCCGCCACGUCCGGCGCCGUCACGUUCGACGCCACCAACUCGGUGGCCAGCACCGACGGCGGCGCGAGGUUCGACCGGGAGGUCGGCGUCGACUACGCGAAGCAGGUGCUCUCCGACGCCUCGUCCUUCAUCUGGGGCACCUUCAACCAGCCCAACCCCGAGGACCGCAAGCCGGUGGACUCCGUCGCCCUCAACGUCGUCGACAACAUCAGCGCGCCGGCGCAGACCAGCGGCGGCGCCAUCAGCCUCAACGCCCAGUACGUCGCCGGCUUCCAGGGCGACGUCAAGACGGAGGUGACCGGCGUGCUGUACCACGAGACGACGCACGUGUGGCAGUGGGACGGGCAGGGACAGGCCAACGGCGGCCUCAUCGAGGGCAUCGCCGACUUCGUGCGGCUGCGGGCGGGGCUCGCGCCGGACCACUGGAGGAAGGCGGGGCAGGGCGACAAGUGGGAUCAGGGGUACGACGUGACGGCGAGGUUCCUGGACUACUGCGACUCGCUCAAGCAGGGGUUCGUGGCAGAGCUCAACGGCAAGAUGAAGGACGGCUACAGCGAUGGCUUCUUCCAAGAUAUCCUGGGGAAGGAUGUCCAGCAGCUGUGGCAAGACUACAAGGCCCAGUAUGGCGGUUGAUUUAUGUUUGCAGCAUGUGGCGCUUGAUAUUUCGAUCGAACUCAAGGUGUUUGGAUACGAGGUGCUAAAAUUUAACAGUAUCACAUCGGAUGUUCGGAUGCUAAUUAGGAGAACUAAACAUGAGCUAAUUAUAAAACUAAUUGCAGAACCCUAUGCUAAUUCGCGAGACGAAUCAAUUAAACUUAAUUAAUCCAUCAUUAGCAAAUGAUUACUGUAGCACCACAUUAUCAAAUCAUGGACUAAUUAGGUUUAAUAGAUUCAUCUCGCAAAUUACACUCCAUCUGUGCAAUUAGUUUUGUAAUUAACCUAUGUUUAAUACUUCUAAUUAGCAUCCAAAUAUCUGAUGUGAUAGGUGUUAAACUUUAACACCAUGUAGUCAAACAUGCCCUUUGUCACGGGUGGCUGGGUGAUGGAAUAAUGUCAAGGUUACUGUAAUCUAGAAGAUGUACUUGCUGGGAGUUGCAUCUCUUUCUUAAAUUUAAUAAGAAGUCAGUUGCUCAUUUGGAUUA